GCCCAGCCCGGGUAGAAGCUGCAGCGCCCUCGCCGAGCGCGGUGCGGAUCUCGGGGUCUCCGGGUCUGCCUCCUCCGAGCCCUCGAAGCGAAGCUGUCCGGGAAGGCUCGCGGGUUCGCAAACUCCCAGGCUGAGCCCAUCAUGUCUAAUUUUGAAGACGCUGACACAGAAGAGACAUUAACUUGUCUCCGGAUGACUGUUUACCAUCCUGGCCAGGAGGGUGGAAUAUUUCAAUCAAUAAAGUUUAACAACAGAGAGAAACUCCCCUCUAGCCAAGUGGUGAAGGUUGGACGGAAUUCCAGUAUCUGUCAUUAUACUUUUCAGGACAGACAGGUUUCCCGAGUCCAGUUCUCUGUGCAAGCAUUUAAACAAUGGAACAGCUCAGUCCUCUCCUUUGAAAUAAAAAAUAUGAGUAGGAGGACCAACCUGAUGGUGGACAGCCAGGAGCUGGGAUACCUCAAUAAAAUAGACCUGCCCUACAAGUGCAUGGUCCGAUUUGGUGAGUAUCAGUUCCUUCUGGAGAAGGAAGAUGGAGAGUCCAUAGAAUAUUUUGAAACUCAAUUUAUUUUGUCUCCAAGAUCACUCUUGCAAGAAAACAACUGGCCAACACAGAAUCCCAUCCCCGAGGAUGGUGGUUAUUCAUCCUUUUCCACGCAAAGCGCUUCUCCCACAGAGAUGGAUGAAAAUGAACUGUGGAUGCAAGCCUAAGAAGAGGAAUGUGUAGAGUGAAGUGUGUAUAAGUGCUUGCUAGGUAGAUUUUCUACGAAUCGGAGUUCCCUAGUGUCGUAUGGAAGUCAUUGGCUAUGACUUCAUUUGGGAUUUGGUAUUAUCAGCCUUCAAAAGACUGUAAAGGAGACUGUAAGUGGUGGAGUGAACUGUGGCCUUCCUGAGCCUGUAAAGAAUUAAGCGUAUGCCUGCGAGGGUUCAGGCCUAAAGAUAACCUUGGUGAUGAGACCAUGUUUGGUUUUCUGCCUGAUUGAAGCCCUGUGUUCUGCUUUUAUAAGGAACUGUCUCUAAGUUCGAUCAUUUUUUACUGUAUUCAUUCAUUUUCAAGGCAAAGUCUUCAGGCAAGGAGUCAGUGUGGCUGCAUUGUGUUAGAACUUGCCAGAAUCACAAUACUACAUCAUUGUAGCAGAGUACUGGAGUACUUGAGAGUACAGUCUGGGGUACUGUGUGCAUGCCAUGUGACUUACUUAUGAUUAGUACUCAAGAAAGACUUGAGAAAAACUACCUUGCUUUUCUUUCUGUGGAAUAUUUAUUCCUAAAAUGGUUGUUAUGUAUUUCAGCAAUAUAGACACUUUGUAAAGAACCAUCUUGUUUACGAUAUAUA